AUGGAGGAGAGAGCCCAAAAUUUCUUCGUCCGCGCCUACGCCCGCUCUAUCCGACGAAUCCAACCAAAACGAAAUUUACUAGAGCCGACCAGCCCCAAUGUCAUUGUCAACACACCAAUCACAGAGCUCACCGAGAAGAUACGAAAGUUGGAGGUAAAAUACGAGCUUCAUCCUGUCUUUUAUAUAAUUACUCUGUUCAAAAUUACUUUGCAAAUCUUUGUGUUCCAGCUAAACGCAACAGAAAUGGUCCAUUUGUAUCUUCGGCGGCUGGAUUCGGUGAACGGAGAGCUGAAUGCGGCGGUCAGAAUCUUUGGCGACGAGAGUUGGUACGAGGCCAAACAACACGAUCAGUAUUUGAGGCAUCUGAAUCAAAAGAGCGAUGAGUAUCGAGAGGUAAAAUAUGGGCGUUGAGAUAUAUGUAUUUAAAAUUUUUAGGAUGUCUGGUGUAGCCGUAAAAUAAUUUUGCGGAGAGAUUGUGGAGUCUUUUUGCACAUGUCUUGCAGCAAUAAUCGAGCUUUACGGAUCAAAAAUUUCCAAGAUGUAAAAAAUAUAUUUUUUUAAAAUUUUUAAAAGCAAAAAUUGGCAUUUUUUAAAUGAUAGAUUACAAUAUUUCCACAAAAAAAUAAUUUUUUUCAGCAUAAAAUUAAUAAAGGCGUAGCUGAAACGUUUUUUUCUAUGACUGUCUCUCUUCAUUUUCCAUAACCUUUGAUUUGAAAAGUUUGUUGAAUAUCCCAGCUCUCCUUGCAAAGACCGUCCUAAAAAUUUUAGCAAUUCAAUUUGAGGCUAUGCAGAAAGUUUUGUGAAAACUUGGAAGGAGAUCUGCAAAGCAUUAAAAUUUUGGGGAUUAAUUUUUGUCUUAUAAAGACGAUUUUUUCAAAAUUUCAGAGAUUCCUUAGUAUCGCAAAGCGAUCAAUUUCCUUGUUAACCAAUGAUAUCAACCUCUAAAAUUUUUAUUUCAGCUCCACCUCUCGAAACCUCUGCUCGGCAUCCCUUUCACAAUACCUCAUUGUUUUGACAUCAAAAAUGAAGUUGUUCUGGGUGGCCUGAAGUAUCGGCGGAGUAUUUCUCCGGCUCAUGAUGACGCAUCGAUUGUCAAAUUGCUCCGGCAAGCUGGAGCGAUCCCAUUGGCCUACAGUAACGUAUCCUCGGCUGGAUUAUGUUGGGAUGGAGAUUGCACAGUGCAGGGGAGAGCAUGCAAUCCGUAUGACUUGAGGUGAGAAAAAAGGCUAAAAAUUUUCUAAAGUGAAAAAUAAUUUCAUCCAUACACUUUGAGACCCUACACUGCAGGAUGAGCCAAGUCUUUCUCCUUGGAUGGUCAACUCUUCCUCUCAAAAUUCUUUUUUGUCAAGAUUAAUAUAAAUUUCUUUAUCUUUCAAUCUACAUACAUCGACAGGACAAUAACUCCAAAAGUAAGUUAAAUUAACCCUCUUUCUAUAUAUGCAAUGAUUUUUUGCAUUACAUAAGUUUAUCCUUGCGCAUUUAGCCAUUGUUGUAGGUAUACAAAUUUAGCUGAAUUCUGUUCGUUCUUGCGAUUCCAUGAACGAAAUUUGAAAGUCUUCCCCACAAAAGAACCGGUGUCGAGCCUUCUUGGUGCCAGAGUUGUUUCAGCAUGAAAGGACUUACAGUUUUUUUGUUGAUUCGAUUUUCGAUAUUACACUAGGUACUUUUAUCAAGUUGCAGGCAAAAUCUAAUGUUUUUGAAGAUUAAACCCGGAAAACUACAAAGCUGAGCCAUUACUAAACCGUCCCCAACAUAAAUAUUCUUUGAAACCCGGGUUUGAGAUGUCUUAGGGUCUAAGUGAUCAAGUACAACGUGGAUCUAAAAAAGUCUCAAAUACCUAUCAUUCUGUUCUAAACAUUUUUAACACCGACCAGAGAUCUUUUAAAUAUGGUUUGCGAAGUAUUAAUACGCAUCUAUGGCCGCGGAUACAUCAAAAUUUUUCCAUACCUAAAAUCUGAAAAAAAAAUCAAAAACGACAAUAAAAGGGGGGAAAUCACUGUUACGACGUUAAGAAUGCUAAAAUAAAGUUUUAUUGUCCAUGUAGAUCUUAAAUGACGUAAAACGUGGCCUAAUCUCGCCGUAAACUUACAAAAGUACCUAGUGUAAUAUCGAAAAUCGAAUCAACAAAAAAAGUGUAAGUCCUUUCAUGCUGAAACAAUUCUGGCACGAAGAAGGCUCGACGCCGGUUCUUUUGUGGGGAAGACUUUCAAAUUUCGUUCAUGGAAUCGCAAGAACGAACAGCAUUCAGCUAAAUUUGUACACCUGCAACAAUGGCUAAAUGUACAAGGAUAAACUUAUGUAAUGCAAAAAAUCAUUUCAUAUUUAGAAAGAGGGUUAAUUUAACUUACUUUUGGAGUUAUUGUCCUGUCGAUGUAUGUAGAUUGAAAGAUAAAGAAAUUUAUAUUAAUCUUGACAAAAAAGAAUUUUGAGAGGAAGAGUUGACCAUCCAAGGAGAAAGACUUGGCUCAUCCUGCAGUGCGCAAGGAUAAACUUAUGUAAUGCAAAAAAUCAUUGCAUAUAUAGAAAGAGGGUUAAUUUAACUUACUUUUGGAGUUAUUGUCCUGUCGAUGUAUGUAGAUUGAAAGAUAAAGAAAUUUAUAUUAAUCUUGACAAAAAAGAAUUUUGAGAGGAAGAGUUGACCAUCCAAGGAGAAAGACUUGGCUCAUCCUGCAGUGCCCUAAGAAAGUAAAAUACACGUCAUGAUGACCGAUUUUUGGACGAAAUUUUUCGAAAAAUUCAGAAAUCUCAAAAUUGCAGGAAAUAAAAUUUUCUCAAUUUCAGAUGCAUCACCGGCGGUUCUGCCGGCGGAGAAGGAGCGCUAAAUGGCUCCGGAGCAACUCCAUUCGGAGUGGUCUUCGAUAUCGGAGGCGGAACUCGAAUUCCAGCAGCUUUGAAUGGAGUUUACGGACUCAAACCAACCUCCACUCCCAAUUUGCUCAACGGAAUCUUCCCGGAAUUCCAUAGCGAAGACAUCAAGACCUUAGUGGCUGUUGGACCCAUUUGUCGAUAUGCCAAAGAUCUGGCUUUGCUUUAUAGUGUGAGUUGGAAAUUUUGGGAGAUAUUGAAAAAAAAUUAUAGAGGAAAAGCAAAAAAAAAGGAAAAAGAAAGCUAAAAAAUUUAGAGCAACAGUUUCUGGGGUGUUUCUGCAUAAUGCGGUUUGAAUUUUUAUAAGGUGCCUUGGAAAUUUCUAAAUUUAUUUUUCCAAAUUUCAUCAAAUUUUUGAUUGAAAAGUUAAAAUGGCGAUUUUGUUUCUGCAUUACGCGUUUUCAAAACUUCCACAUUUUUUAAAAAUAGUUGAAUUUUAUUUUUUCCAUUUUCAAAAAAAUUUUUAUAAUGAACUUUCAUCAGUGGAAUUUUCGUUUUUCAACCUAAAGCCUGACAAUUUCUAUCCAUCAACAACCAUGCCCUCAGGUUCAUAUCUUACAAAUUUUAGGUCAUUUCCUCCACCACAAAACCCUCGGAUUACGAAUCUUUGCGGCCCUCUCGCUUGUUGUUCUACUAUAAUAUCGAAGGUCCUCUCACUCGAUACACCCACGAGUCUGUCGUUAAGUCGGUGGACAAUGCCUUGAAAACCCUCGAAUCGAAGCUUCAACUCACUUCGGCCCUUUUCAAAAUGCCCUACGACUCGCAGAUGGUCGGCUGGUUCGCGGCGAGGCUGGCGAAAUGCGCUCCGCCGAAUCAAGCCGUCACCGACAUCUUCUUCAACCGUCUGGUCAAGCCGAAUAUGAAAUUCGAAAAGCUGAAGGUGCUGCUGGGGAAAUCCAAUCUGACUCCGAUAGCUUUGAACUUGGUGGAAAUUGAGGCGAAGCACAAGGUUCAAGGGGCCGAAAUAGAGAAGUUGCUGGGGGAAUUGGAAAAAUUCAAGGCAAAUGUCGUGCAAGUAGGCCAUUUUUAAGUUUUCUGGGAGAUAAAUUAUAGAAAAAAUAUACUUUUAAAUUAAUUUCAAAGAAAUGAAAACGAGAUUUUUUGAAUUUUUCAAGUUCUUUAUUGUAAAAUUUAUGCAAAGUUCCGUUUAAAAAUGUCCAGAAAGGUCGUAAAAAACCUUAGGCCUAGAUAUACGCAUAACCCAAAUGGCUUCAGGGGGUUUUGCUUAAAAAUUCCAUAAAAUAAAAAAUUUACUUCCAAAAUUUCAGGAGCUCUCCGAUGGUGCCGUUCUAAUCUGCCCCACCCUCCCUCGUACUCACUACCUCCAUCACGAAUCCCUUCUUCAUAUCUACGACCCUGUUUACACUUUUAUCUUCAACCUUCUCGGCCUUCCAGCAGUAACAGUUCCAACCGGCCUGGAUCCAGAUGGAUAUCCCACAAGUGUUCAGUUGGUAGCUGCUCCUGGAAAGGAGUGGCUGCUGAUUCGAGUGGCUGAGUUCUUGGAGGGAGAGUUUGGAGGGUGGAGGAGUCCACAAAGUCUUAUUUAUCCGCCUACAAGCAACCCGCAAGUCCGACCAAUUUCAACGCCAAAAACGACCUCCGUAUAA